AUGGCUACUGCUGCUUUAAUUGAGUCCAUUCACAACGGAAACCUCCAUAGGGCUCUCCCAGAGCAUAUGUACAAUGAUAACUUGGCUCAGACUUUCCAGGAUCUCCAGGAUCUGAUUCCCUCUGUAGUCAAAUUCGACCCAUACAAACAUCUCAAGUACUACGCUGAACCAGAAGCUCAACAAGAGUAUUUGAGCACAAGAACCAUUUCAAUGACUGAAUUGGGCUUGAAAACCCCCACGCAAGUUUCUGAGGUUGGGGUUUCUGAUUCUUUCCCUCUUUUCACAGACGAAGCUGUUGCCAUUAUGCGUAGUGAGAUUUUGAACAAGGAGACGUUUAUGAAGUUCUCUCGUUUCUGUUUCAACUCAACUUCGGGAAUGGACUGCAACAUCCGUGGUUAUGUCAAAAACGACGACGAGAUCUCUACACCAUUUGUGUAUGAAGCUUGGACUCACCCCAAGACUAUGGAACUAGUCAGCAAGAUGGCCGGUGUUGAGUUGGAAAUCAUCAUGGACUACGAAAUUGCCCAUGUCAACAUUUCUAUGAAGUCACUGGCAGCUGCAGAAGAAGAACUCAUCAAACAUUCUCGUAAUAGAGCUCACAGUGGAGACUCCAACGGUGAUGACAUACCAGGUAUUGUGGGCUGGCACCACGAUAGCUAUCCUUUUGUCUGUGUUCUCAUGCUUUCUGACACUACCAACAUGAUUGGCGGUGAAACUACUUUGCGCAUGGGAGGUGAACACAAGGGUAAGGUUGUUGCUGUUUCUGGUCCUAAAGCUGGUUCUGCUGCUGUCUUGCAAGGUAGACUUAUUGAGCAUAUUGCUCCUACUCCUUUGGGCAUGUCUGAGAGAAUCACAAUGGUAACUUCUUACCGUGCCAAAGAUCCUUCUAAAAAUGAUGACUCGGUCUUGUCUACUGUAAAGCCCGAGAUUAACUACGGAAGCAGAUACAACGACUUCUACUCUCAGUGGAUCAACUACAGGGUCGAGUUGAUGAAACAGAAGUUGGACUUGGUAAACAAGUCUAGUCGUGACGAAAACGGAAAGUUCCAGAAGGAAAAGACUGUUCAAGCUUUACAAGAAAUUGAGGCUUACUUGAAGAAGACCUACACUGAGAUGGAAGUGUCUGAAGAAGAGUGGCAAAGAGCAGCUAAGUAA